GAGCCGGCGCUGCCGCGACCUGGCCAGGUGACGGUGACCCACUCUUCCCUUCCCUCCUGAAUCCUGAUGUCUCGCUCCUGGUGACCGUGGCAUCAGGGAGACUCCAAGUAGGGUUCAGGGAAAUUUCAAUCGGGCUGCCCCUUGUGUCGACUGCGUCCAGGCUGCCUACAGAGUACAGAGAUUACGGUUCAGAUCACCGACCCAGUUAGGCAGCUUCGGGCUCCAGGCACCGCUGAUGGAUGCGCUCAUGGCGAACUACGCGUCCGGCUCCGACGACGACGACGACGAGCAGGCGCCCGUCACGGGCGCCGCCCCGGACCCGGAAGCUUCCGCGGUGCUCCCUCCCCCUCCGCUCGACCUCCUCCAGCCCCCAAACUUCAUAGAUUACUCUGCAUUGGCGCAGGGGAACCGCGUCCGGAGCUUCCCCCAUGUGGAAGGCAUCUAUGCGCUGCAUGUCUACAUCCCUGUUGUCAUUCCUUUCGAUGCAAGGAAGCAGCUGACCCUUGUCAUGAGAAGAGCUGCAUCACUUGUGCCGGAUCUCUAUGCUGUAGAUGCUGAUUACGCACUUUCAGAAUUGUGCAAAGACGAGCAAAAGCUUGAGAAAGUGCUUCUGGGCAGGGAGUUCCAUGUAAGCUUAGGAAGAACUGUUGGGAUUCAGGUGGAUCAAAUUGACUCCCUAGUCGCAAUGCUUCGGCAGAAGUUUCAGUCACAACAACGGUAUUGGAUGGACUUCAACAAAUGGGAGCAUUUUGUCAAUGACGAUUCUACACGAUCAUUUCUUUCACUAGAGGUUACAAGAACUGGGUUAACAGAGAUAAGUAGGCAGAUACAUAUGGUUGAUGAAGUAUAUCGAUUGCAUGGUCUUCCUGAGUUCUACAAGAAUCCUCGGCCACACAUAUCAUUGGUGUGGGCAUUGGGUGAUGUUAGCUCCAAACUGAAGCAUGCGGCAAAAGAGAUUGAAAAGUUCCAAAGUAGCAUCAGCUCAUCCAAAAACUGCAAUCUGAGAUGCAAUUUUAGUCGUGUAGUGUGUAAAGUAGGCAAGAAGGUGUACGAUAUCUGCAAGAUCUCAGACUGAAACAUCGCUCCUCUACACUUAACUUUUGGAAUUACAGACUUCUGUAGUCUAUCCCUUUGGUUGUAAGAAGGAACUAAAAUGAGGUAAUUGCAAUGGAGAUACGCUGAAUUUGUCAUGCGACUUUGCUUUAA